CAUUACAGGGGAUAGUAAACAUAUGAACCAGACGGGAUAGAUAGAUGUCCCAGAUGCUAUUGUCAUGCAUCAUAUUGGUGUGUUAGCCUCGAAGUUUCGACGCUACACUGACAUUCAAAUAGGGAGUGACGUAGAUGGAAGCACAAACACCCCUGACCUCAAAAUCCUAGACCUGUACAUGCUGAGGAAGUCAAGUAUUGUUAUUAUGCUUUACGAGUCGAGCUAAAUAGAGACGUGUAUCAAUCUGAACUGCAAGGCGAGCUCUAGUUGUUGCCAAGAGUUGAUCACCAUUCGAUUCGAUAUGUUAUGUUAGCUGCGACUCAACUCCUCUCUCAGACGUACUUUUACCGUUACAUUGUACUGCAAGAUGGUGUCUCGACUUGGUAUCAACGCCUGGAAACUGGUGCUUAUAUCUACUCUGCUCUCAUUCUGUUGUUAUGCGCAAGAGCUUGAUAUUCGUCUCUUCGGUGGUAGCGGUAACUAUGAGGGUCGAGUAGAGGUCAGGGUCAACGGCCAAUGGGGUACAGUCUGUAAUGAAACAUGGGACAUGGACGAUGCUACAGUGGUAUGUCGGGAGCUCGGUGACCGAACAGCUAUCAAAUACGAUGUGAUGUAUGGUGAAGGGGAAGGACCUAUCUUGUAUACGAACUCCACGUGUACGGGUGAAGAAGAACGUCUGCAAGAUUGUCCUCAUGAGGAACCUACGGUAGAUGUCUGCCAGCAUACCCAAGAUGCAGGGGUACAAUGCAGUUUCAAAGAUGUUGAUCUGCGGUUAGUCGGUGGUUUAACCCCAAACGAAGGUCGGGUAGAGGUUUACAAAAAGAACACCGAUGGUACGGGGGAAUGGGGCAGGGUGUGUGCCGGUUCGGAGUGGGACCGGAAUGAAGCUAACGUGGUUUGUCGAACAGUCGGGUAUCCGAACGGUGCCGAGGCGUCAAGCGGUAGCUUCGAGAGCGGUACCGGUAGGGUGUUCAUCAUCGACUUGGAGUGUACCGGUAAAGAGAAUACUGUCCUUGGCUGCGAGAAAGCUAACUUCGGCGAUCUACAAGGUUGUCCAAGCGAUGAGGUGGACGCCACCGUUGUUUGCAUAUCUGAAGUGAAGACGGAAGAGUUAUCAAAGGGAGCGAUCGCUGGUAUCGGUGUUGGGUUCGGAUUGGUCAUCAUAAUGUGCUGUAUCUUUAGUCUCAACUGUAAAUGUAGACCGUUUUGGAAGAAACGAGAGGUAGAUGAAACAGACGUGUAUGCCGCUGCGAGUAAGGUCCUCAGUACCACUUCCAACCUUAAAAGUGAAUCAGAUACCCGGCAAGAUUCCAUCUCGGAUAUUGACCCAAAUAUGUUCAUCUUCGCGCCGAAGAAUCCCCCUCCUGGGUUCGGUAUGUCUGAUGCUAGUGGAACCAACGGUGUCCUUCCCAACAUCGAUGAAACGAAAGAGCCCAACGGAGAACUUACAGGAUCCGGUAAGAAAGAAGACUCUAGCUCUCAAGAUAACCACGUGACAGGGGAUGAACAGAAACCAUCUACGGAGGGAGAUCAUGUCGCUGUUUCCAUGACAACGGAAGAAAACGAGGACGAUAUCCAUCUUUAUGACGAUGUCGAAUUGAUCCUUGGUGAAGGCAUAGACACGCAUGACGAGAAAGAGAGCGAAGUCGUAACGAUCGAUGAGCAGGGAGGAGCUUACUUUAAGAGAGAGAGUCACGAUCUCGAUGACCACGAUUACGGCGAGAUCGUAGACAACGACAACGCCGAGAUCGUAGACAACGACGACACCGAGCUCGGAGGAAACGAUUACCUUGAGCUCGUAGACAAUGGAAACCCCGAGAUCGUAGACAACGACAACGCCGAGAUCGUAGACAACGACUACACCGAGCUCGGAGGAAACGAUUACCUUGAGCUCGUAGACAAUGGAAACCCCGAGAUCGUAGACAACGACAACGCCGAGAUCGUAGACAACGACGACACCGAGUUCGGAGAAAACGAUUACCUUGAUCCCUUAGACAACAGAAACCCCGAGAUCGUAGAUUAUGCCGAGAUCGUAGACAACGCCAACCCCGUGCUCAGAGAAAACGACUACCUUGAGCUCGUAGACAAUGAAAACCCCGAGAUCGUAGAGAAUGAGAGCGUGUUGACGGAUCAACAAGCGGGGGGUCACUCCAAAACGGGCAUGACAGAUGAAGACAAUGAUCCAUCUGAAUCUUUUUUCCGCAUGGAACUGGAAAACUCUACUUUACUUUGAGUUUUGAAAUGAGUUUGUCGUAUCUCUGCCUUCUUGAUAUGACCUGUAGGCUCACUGUAGCCGUUUCUUUUGACAAUGCCAGAAACAGAAUCUUACAUAGUUACACUGAACUUCACGACACUGGGGACUUUGGUUUAAGUGUAAAACUCGAGUCUGCGCCAGAAGACUACCGUGGACCUAAGUGCUUUUGUACGACCAUCACUAUGUCAAUAGAUCGACAUGCAUCGGGUAUCAAAGAAGAAAACAAUCUUUUUUAAACAAGUAGAGACGAAAAUGCUCUAUCCAAAAAUCAUUGAACUGUGACUUUAAUCCGCUUUUAGAUCAUUUUCUUUAGUUUGAGCCUCCGUUAUUGACUAUAGGUCAGGUCGUGCGCUGUUGUUUUUUCAAUGCAAGCAGAGUACUACUCACAAUGCAGAUAUUUUAUUAUUUUUGGUCAAAACACAUAAAAUACUUCCUAACAGAGCAAUACUUUUAAAAAUUAAAAUUUGUUUACGAUGUUGUAUAUAUUUUCAUGCACUGAAAUGGAUAAACGGCAAAACGGAUUGGUAACAUGUAAUGUAGAGAUUAUUCUUCACUCUGAUCUAAUCAGAUUAUCUAUUGUUCUUUAGAAAUGUCAAUAUGAAGCAUAAUAUACUUUGAUUGUGUUUGUUUCCUGAAACAGGAAAUCGGUAUAUAACGACAAUUAUAAAUUAUAUAUUUCCUUCUGCAAUGCAGAACAUAUUCAUGUAGUUCAUGUAGAUUAUCAACUAUUUAGAAGCAGUGCAUGGACUCUGGAUUACAAAUCAACAUGGGCGUAUUAGGAGAAAUAGAAUGAUACAAUGAGUUUCUCUUAUUUUUCUGCUUUCAUAUAAAUUAACUUAUUUUAAAGGUAAUUGGGGAUUCCCUUAAAGCUAUUUCAGAGUAUUCUACACAAACUCCUCAUCCAAAAAUGCAUUUAUCAGAAGAAAAAAAAUCGAAAGUAAUGUCUUUAAACAUGUCCGAUCAAGGAAUAAUUGCACCCUCACGUGACUGAGUCUCUUUGCGCUGCACGAACCUUUUCUGAAAUAUCGUCGGAGUGUAAAUAUUUACAAGUUAAAUCAUUCACAUAAUCAUGAAAUUUUGGAGAAAAUGUGUUUGUGCAACCUUAAUUUUUUUUAGUAAAGCUUAAAUGCGUUUAAUUUCUCUUUA